GGAAUCAAACCCACUAGCUCACACUUUCUCCAACAAAGCAAAGGCUUCUGUAACUAAAUGAAGGAAAUAGGAUAGCUGAAUCAGGGCAUCAGUCGCGGCGUCAGCUUCUCCCGCUGUCUGUCCCUGUUAACCUGUGGAACCCUCUGCCACAGGAUGUUCCUGAAGCAAAGGCAGUGCGGGAUCGGCGGAGCUGGGAAUCAGAAUCUCUGAGUCUUGGUCCAAGCCCAGCAGCUGCUGAGAGUAUUUGGAAAGAAAUUUGGAUCCCCUCACUGUGCUCACGUUAGACCCACUCCACUCACCCCCUGCCCCCCAAAGGGGGGUCUUACCCUGACACAGUUUUUAAAGGUGCUUUUUAUUGAUUUCUGAGGAUUGGGGUUUUCUUAAAGUACAUGGCUUUCUGCUCUCUGCUUCCAGCCCCAAACAGGCCCCUGGGGCAGGGGAACCAGCUAUUCCAGGCUGCCAUCUCAUUUGUUCUUCUGGGGGAAAGCAGCUCUGACCAGCGAGAAGACGGAGUAACAGGAGCCUGGAAUGGCAAGAGAAUGACUGGGACGAUGGUGCGUGGGGCCGUGCUGCUGCUCCUGUGGCUGGCCGGAGCAGAGAUGCUCCGGGAGGAGCAGGUGGAGCGAAGUGGGUUUUGCAGCUGGAAGUGCAUGAAGUUUGUCCAGAUGUGGCCGGCAUCGUUCUGCGUGGCUCUAGGGCCGAGGUUCGACUGCGUCGUCCCAGAGUCUGCUGACAGCUGGACCAUCCACGGGCUCUGGCCCAGCAGCGUCAUGAACUGCUGCAGCUGCUGGCACCUCUUCCCCUCUGACCUGAUGGAUCUGCCCAAGCAGCUGGCCCAGCACUGGCCCACCUUCCUCAACGCCAGCAACUUCAAAUUCUGGAAGGAAGAGUGGCAGAAGCACGGGACCUGCGCUGGGUGCAUGGAGGCCUUGAGCUCCCCCAGCAAGUACUUCGGGGCAGCCCUUGACCUGCGCACCACGUACAACAUCGACAGAGCGUUCCAGAGAGCCGGGAUCCUCCCGUCCUGCAAUCACAGCUACCAGCUCCAGACCCUCCGGGAGGCUUUGGUGCCCAUCCUGGGGAAGGAGCAUCAGCUGCAGUGUGUGACCGAUGGCCAGGCCCGCCAGAUCCUGGUGCAGCUCAAGGUCUCUCUCUUCAGCAACUUCUCUGCUGGGUGCCUGGAGGAAGAAGCCCGGGAUUUCUCCCCCUACCGGCCCUGCGAGAACCAGAGACGCAUCUUCUACUUCCCUCCGAACCAGAAGAACCCACGGGACCCCUGCCCCUGACCGGUGGUGGGAGUGAAUGGGAAGGUCUUGUGGCUCAGCAGCAGAGAGCCCCAGGGAAGGCUGGAAAUAAGGGCCUCCGUCACCAGAAUAAAGUCCUCGGGAAGGAUCGACUGAGUCUCGUGCAUGCGAUUAUUUUGUUAGCACGGCCCCUGCUACAGAACCACGGC